AUGAUGUCUCAUCCUCCCAACUCAUGUCACGGUCUUCCUGCCGAACUGUCGCAAGAUACCAACGGCACGGGUCAUGACGAUGAGGGGGCCCUUCGAUACAAUCCACAUCAGCGGAGCGGGCCACCUCACCGCGGCUCAACACCAAAGAAUGAUGCGCAGUCAUCGCAAGGAUGGACGAGACCCUCUCCUUCCUCUUCAAAACCGCAAAGCAGUGGUUAUGUAGAUCCCGAUGACCCACGGUACGCAAGCAGACGUCAGGAUGAAUGGCGAUAUCGCGACCAAGGCAGGCGUAGGUCCAGAUCCCCUGUGGCAAAGAGAGAAACUACCUCGCUCCAUCAGGCAACACCACAACAAAUUGGCGCAGUGGCCUGGAAGGACCUACGAACUCCUGCGCAAGUAGACCAACACGACGGUGCAUCCGAAGCGUGCUCCAGCAAGCCCUCCACACCGAAACACUCCACAUCUGCAGCGACGAAGCGACUUGCCAAUGACAUCUCAAGAUGGAAUCGGAAGCAAUCCGAGCUGCAACAAUCUACACUCAGCGCAGAACCCGUCUCUACGGCAGAUCCGAAAGCGCCAGAAUCCAACUCAGUGACAGCCAAGGAACUGUCUGACGCCGAUCUCGCCAGCUACGACUACAAGGACCGAGAGCGCAUCGCCUGCCUAUUGUGCCAACGAAAAUUUAAGAGCAUCGACACGCUUCACAGGCACGAAGCCGAGUCACAGCUGCACAAGGACAACCUAGCAAGCACCGAGCUGUGUCGGCAAGCUGUGGCCAAGAUACUCGAGUCAACGGCUGAGCAGACCACGAAUCCUGAUGACAGCCGCGUUGGUGUUGCUUCCACUUGCGACGCGGUCCUAUCGAGUGUACCCACAUAUCGAGACCGCGCAUCAGAGCGCCGAGCUGUGUUUGGCGCAGACACCCCUUCCAAGCACAACGAUACCGAUCCUCGCACGAAAGUCUAUGACGGCCCUCUUGCCAAAGUCUCUGCGUCGCACGAGAUCGAGGCCACGCCGCAGUCUGCUCCUGAAAAGCCGAUCGACAGCGACAACAUCGGCAGCAAGCUUCUGGCUAUGAUGGGCUGGUCCUUCGGUCAAGGUCUGGGAGCUCAACGCGAAGGUCGGACAGAUAUCAUCGAGACCAAGAUCUACAGGCCUGGUGCCGGUUUAGGUAGCAGCGGGGCAGGCGAUACCGCUGAACAACCAGGCAACGGACCUGCGUCGUCGGUCACGUUUGCUGGUUACGUGGACCGCGCCAAAGAUCGCGCCCGACAGCGUCUGGCUGAGCAAUCACGGCAGGAGCAACACUAG